AUGAAGGUCUUUCUAGCUGUAGCCGCCGUUUUGGUGUCUAGCUCUAUUGCUGCUCCCGCCACCGACAAAUCCGUCGCCGUCCGAGAGUCUCAUCUCUUUAAUGCCGGCGCGCAAAAGGGAACUUUCAACGCCCUCUCAGUCGAACUCGAAGGCUUGAUCAACAAGCCCGAGGGCCAAAAGGCAACCACAAACGUCAAGCGAUCCAAGUCCAGCAAGAAAAAGGCUCUCACUAAAACCUACAUGAUCUCGCGAAAGAAAGGCUCGCCAAAACCUCAUAAGAAACAUCCGAAACGACUAGUCAAACUCAAGCUUUUCACGACAGGCUUCACGAGUGGUCCAGAUAUUAUCAACGAUUUGGACAGCACUCUUGACCAGGUAACUGUCCAUACAGACAAUAUCGAUACCAUUCUUGGACAAGUUGAAGCUGGAAAGCUCUCCGAGAAGCAGGGAACUACCGACACCCUUAAAGAGAUCACCGGAAUCCGCAGUAUUCUAUCCGGCCUACUAAGCCGACUCUCAGCCACGCGCAACACCAAAGCCCUCAGCCUGACCGAUGGUCAGCGCCAGACGAUCAUUGAGGAGAUUGACCAACUUGUCACUGAGCUGCUGAGAUCUAUUGAAGCGAUCAUCCGCACCCUAGGUACUAGUUAUAACAUGAACACAUCUUUGAACCCAAUGAUGAAUAUUCUCACUGGCUUUUUGGGUGGUUUGGCAACCGCUGACACAGGACUGGCCAUUAAGCUACGAGAGUUGGUGAGCCUCAUCAUCAAAGAUCAAACUGUGGAUAGUGAUAAGAGUGGACUUUCGCUUCUGUUGAGUGGGUUUGAGAAUUCGUUGCUGCGUCUGCACGGUACCCUGAAGGCGACUGGCAAAUCCAACUGA